UGGUGUGAUCUAAUAAUUAGAAGAAUAAAUCCACAUGAUAUGUUUAUUCAACGCAUAUACUGUGAUACAGAAUUAUAGAAAAAAGUUAUGAUUCCCAAAUUAAAGGCUUUCUAUUUCACCCACAUGCUACCUGAAUUAGCAGUUCCAAGACAUGGUACUCUAUCUGGAAUAAGAAAACCUGAAUUGCCAUGGUUUUGUGGUACGUCAUGCAAGAGAUCAGAGAAAAAGAACUCUAAGAGAAGUGAAGGUGACAAAUUGGACCAAAAAGACUUGCAUACUCAGAUUAAGACAGACAAAGAUAUUUACAUUGCAACCCCAUUAAUACCAACACCAACACAAUCAAGUAAAAGAUCAACACGUUUGAGAAAAUUAAAAUUCCUUGGGAGGAGAAUCAACCACCAGUGGUCAGAAUCAGACGGCUCUCUGAAUUGGUACAAAGGCACCGUGCUUUCUAUUUCUUCUGGAAAAGACGGAAAUCCUGAUGCAGUAUAUGAGGUGCUAUAUGAAGGCGAAGACGCGUCAUAUGAAGUAGAUUCUUUGAUCAAAGACUAUAAUGAAGGCACCUUAACUUUCAUAGAUUUGUAAUGGUAAUGGAGAUUCAGUGUCACUAAAAUAGAUGUAACUUUA